GUCUUCUAGAGUGCAUUAGGGCAGAAGACAACGUAAGAUUUUUAUCUUACCAUGAAAGUAUUAUCUGAAGGACAAUUAAGGCUUUGUGUUGUUCAACCAGUACAUCCCACUUCGUGGCUCCUUAUAUUUUUUAUUCUAAAGUCUAUCUCUUGUUUAAAACCUGCUCGACUUCCAAUUUAUCAAAGGAAACCUUUUAUAGCUGCUUGGAAUGCUCCAACAGAUCAGUGUUUGAUAAAAUAUAAUUUAAGAUUAAAUUUGAAAAUGUUUCAGGUGAUUGGAAGUCCACUGGCCAAGGCCAGGGGGCAAAAUGUCACUAUAUUUUAUGUCAACAGAUUAGGAUACUAUCCAUGGUAUACAUCACAAGGGGUCCCCAUUAAUGGGGGUCUCCCACAGAAUGUAAGUUUACAAGUACAUCUGGAAAAAGUUGACCAAGAUAUUAAUUAUUACAUCCCUGCUGAAGAUUUCAGUGGACUUGCUGUUAUAGAUUGGGAAUACUGGCGACCACAGUGGGCCCGGAACUGGAAUGCAAAAGACGUCUACAGACAGAAGUCAAGAAAGCUUAUUUCCGACAGAGGAAAGAAUGUAUCAGCUACCGAUAUUGAAUAUUUAGCUAAAGUGACCUUUGAAGAAAGUGCAAAAGCUUUCAUGAAAGAAACCAUCAAACGGGGAAUUAAGAGCCGCCCCAAAGGCCUUUGGGGUUAUUACUUAUAUCCUGAUUGCCACAAUUAUAACGUUUAUGCCCCAAACUACACUGGAUCAUGCCCAGAAGAGGAAAUCUUGAGGAACAAUGAGCUCUGUUGGCUUUGGAACAGCAGCGCUGCUUUAUAUCCUUCCGUCGGUAUCAGGAAGUCCCUUGGAGGCAAUGAAAACAUUUUGCGCUUCUCCCAAUUUCGGGUGCAUGAAUCCAUGAGAAUCUCCACUAUGACAUCUUACGAUUAUGCUCUGCCUGUAUUUGUCUACACAAGGCUAGGGUACAGAGAUGAGCCUUUAGUUUUUCUUUCUAAGCAAGAUCUAGUCAGCACCAUAGGAGAAAGUGCUGCCUUGGGAGCUGCAGGCAUUGUUAUUUGGGGAGACAUGAAUUUAACUUCAUCCAAGGCCAACUGUACAAAGGUGAAGCAGUUUGUGAGUUCUGAUUUAGGGAGCUACAUAGUCAAUGUGACUGGAGCUGCUGAGGUGUGCAGCUUUCACCUCUGCAGGAACAAUGGGAGGUGCAUAAGGAAGAUGUGGAACGCACCCAGUUACCUUCACUUGAACCCUGCAAGUUACCACAUAGAGGCCUCUGAGGACGGGGAAUUUACUGUGAAAGGAAAAGCAUCUGAUACAGACCUGGCAGUGAUGGCAGAUAAGUUUUCCUGUCAUUGUUAUCAGGGAUAUGAAGGAGCUGAUUGUAGACAAAUGAAGAUGGCUGAUGGAUGCUCUGGGGUUUCCCCUUCUCCUGGCUCACUAAUAACACUGUGUCUGCUGCUUUUAGCAAGUUAUCAGAGCAUUCAGUUGUGAGAUAAUUGAGUUUAAAGGGAAUUAUGUGGCCUCUAGCCAAGUCGUUUAAAGAAAGAUGUAACUUAUGACAAUUUUUUUCUCCUAUGAAUUCUAUUGAGAGGUAUUAUAAGUAGACAUUAUGUAUGUCAUAACAUAAACAGAGGCAUAUUAUUAUAUUCGCCUCCAAUUUGGCUAGGAAACCAGAUCUGUAGUAAGGUCAAUGUACGCUUCUUCCUUAUUGGAAUAUUUAAGUUACAUUUAAAUUAAAGUUAGUAUAAUUUACUUUUAAUGUGAAUGAACAUACAUAAAAGUAUACAUUAAACAUUAAAUUAUUGAUUUCAAAGACUGUUUCUUCAAGUUGUCAAUUUUUUUAAGGACGUAUCAUCUGAUUUAACAGAAGGAGUUCAAGACCAGCCUGGACAAGAAAGCAAGACUGUACCUUUACUAAAAGCAAAAAAGCUGGCACAGUGAAUUGCCCCUGUAGUCCUAGCUACUCAGGAGGCUAAGGUGUGAAGAUUGCUUGAGCCCAGGAGAUUGAGACUGCAGUGAGGCUGGGUAACAGAAUGAGACAGUUUCAGAAUUUUUUUUUUAACUAUAUCAAUAUUUCUCACUGCUGAGCUAAGAAUAAAAUUUCCUCUCUUAUUCAAGAACAAAAUUUACUGAUACUCAAAAGUAAAUUACAGUUCCCUUUUCAAGGAAAAGGAGACAGUAAUUGUGUUUUUCUGUUGUAUUUGUUGAGAACACUGUUUUCUGUCUAAUUGCCUUCCUUGGUAAAUAAUCUUUUUCUAUUUGUUUUAAUGUGUUAUGUCUAUUUUUGGAGUUCUAUAGUUUUGGUCCAGUGUCUAAGUGGACGUUUUUUCCUUCUUAUCCUGCUUGGCACAUAGAACAUUCUCACAGGCAGAUCAAUGACUUCCAUAAAUUCCGAAAAUUUCUUGGCCACUAUCUCAUCAAAUAUUAUCUCUUCCUAAUUCUCUUUAAAUCUCUCUUUCAUAAUUCCUUAUCUUUCUAGGUUGCAGUGAGGGCAUUUGUUUUCAGACUUGUUUUUCACUUUAUAAUGAUCUCUUUGGCCAUAUCUAAUCUAAUCUUCUGUGUGACUCACAUGAAGUUUUAA